GGUCGUGUGCCUAGACUCUUUAUUGUGUUGGAAAAUAUAUAUAUGACGGUGGGGGUACAGCAGGGAUUUCUGGCGAUCGUGCUUUAUUUCAGUGAAAUAAGUGGAAGGAAAGCGAGGAAAAUAAAUGUCUCACGACGUACCGCACCUCGAGUGAGGGCACAUAUAAGGCUUUGUUGGUGUAAAGAGGAGCGAGCCUGUCAUGGAGGACUGCUUGCACACUUCGUCUGAGAACCUGUCUAAGCUGGUGAGCUGGGCCCACAGCCACGGGACCAUCUGCACACUCAUUCCCAACCUCAAGCACUUGCUCACCGAGGGCGCCCACGGCAACCUCACCGCCAUGUGGGGCUGCAGCGCUGGCCACGCCUACCACUGGCCCCUGACCGCCACCUGCAGGACGGGGCCCAAGGAACGCGUGUGCUACCAGGACAGCCGGAGCAUCACCUCCGACAGCCUCAGCCUCCAGGGGGGCUCAGGGAUACAGCCCAGUCCCGGGGACAGGUUCCUGAGCAGAGCAUCGAAGGGGAAGGGGGACUGUGGUCAGACGCGGGACUCCUGCGACUUCUCGAACUGCAGCGAGCCCUCGGAGGUGGACGACAACACGGAGGAUUACAACAGCACCUUGUUUGACAUUGUGUGCGAGUCUUCCGCUACAGACGAAGAUGGCGAUUACGAGCCCCAGCCGCACCAUAUGUCGCGUUCCACUCUCAGGAAGAGAGGGAACCCCGGGCUGGUUUCUGGACAGCCCGAUGCAACGGUGAAGAAAAUAAAGCAGGAGGUGCCUGAGGACUACUACAUUGUGGCCAACACUCAACUGACUGGAGGCAUUGAUAGUGCCCCGGUGUCCCAGUCGCCCAAACAGACCUCUCAGGCCCACCCGCCUCCCCGCUCCUCCCUGCCUCACACACUGCCCCACAAGCCUUCCUCUGCAGAUAUGGACCCUGUGGCCAUGUCCGCCUCACCCUCUGGUAACCCUUCAAUGGUCAAACCUCCCCGUGCCCCUGCUCCCGGUGGUCAAGGCAGGCUACAGAUGACUACCCCAUCCCCUAGGCAGCCAGAUGCCCUUCAGAGACCUCCACCCAGUCAUUCCUGCGGACCCAAUCAGAACAUGAAUGCCUCCUUGAUGGGCCUACAGCUUCCUGGCCACAGCGACCUGUUGGAGGGUCUCCCAAAUGAAGAGCUGGUGAAGUCCUCCAGUGGUACGUCUGUGCCGUUUGGGGAUACGGUCUCCUCCCCUGCCUGUGUCAACCCGGAGCUGGAGAUUGUCUCAGCACAGGCUAUCAGCACAGAGCCCAAAGCAGAAGCCGCAGAAAUGGAAGAGAGGCAAGCCGAGGCCAACCGCGAGCAGAACGAGAAGACCAUCCGCAGCACCCAGACGGCCCUCCGCAACUUCCGCGACUUCCUCAUCUCCAAGUACCCCUCGGAGACCCGGGAGAUCUACUGCAUCCCCUGCGGCGAGCUGGAUGCCUACCUCGCCUCCUUCUUCGUGGAUGCCCGGCAGAAGGACGGCUCCGAGUACGAGCCCAACAGCCUGGCCAACUACCAGUGCGGGCUGGAGCGAUACCUGAAGGAGCACCGCUACAGCUACAGCAUCACCCGGGACAAGGAGUUCCGGCGCUCCCAGGAGGCCCUCAAGCAGAAGCAGCUGGAGCUCAGGUUUAAGGGCAAGGGCAACAAGCCCCAUAAGUCGAUGAAGCUGACGUUUGCUGAUGAGUUGAUCUUGAGGAAGAGGGGCCUGCUCAGCCGCUUCAACCCUGAGGGGCUCCUCAAUCUGGUGUGGCUCAACAACACCAAGGCCUUCGGACACUGCACGGGCUUCCACGGCUCCACCCUCAAGUGGGGAGACGUCCGUCUGCUCUCCACGGAGACAGGACUGGAGUGCCUGGAGUGGAGCUACCAGGAGUACACCGAUGGCAACACCAAGACCAAGCGCCCCGGGACCGAGUGCCGCAUCUACGCCACUCCCCACGCCCCCCAGACCUGCCCCGUGCAGGACUACAAAGAGUAUGCCCAGCGGAGACCCCAGGCGAUGCUCUACGAAGACGCCCCUUUCUACCUGUCCAUCAAGCCCGUCGUUAAUCUGGCCGCCCUGCACUGGUACAACUGUCAGGCCCUGGGGAAGAACAAGCUGGCCAAAAUGGUGAAGACCAUGUGCGAGAAGGGCAACAUCCCGGGCAGGAAGACCAACUUCAGCGUCUAUCAGAGCUGCAGCACCCUGUCCGAGGCCCAGAGCAACCAGCUGGUGCUGAUCUGCAACAACCUUAGCCAGCAGGCCUCACAGUCCAUGAAUUCCCACUCAGGAGGUACCAAUUUCGUCAUUGCUGGGUCCUUUGACUCCUCUGACAACAUGUGAGUCCAGCCGCUGUUGUGGCACGAAGGUAAAGAUCCUGCCCCAGCCAGGAAAGAGAUGUGGUUUCAGGAGUACACACUCUACCCU